UUAUAUUCUCUUUCGUCGGCCACGCGCUGUCUCUGUGGUUCACCGCGCUGACAGCACUGAGCUUUGAGAGGUAUACAGCGAUCGUGAAUCCGAUGUCAACCCACCUGGGAAACCUAUCACGCACCAUGGCGACAGCUGGCGGCAUGUGGGUGCUGUCCGUCAUACUGGCAGUGCCGGACGGCUACUUCUCCUACGAGCACAACGAACCAAUGCCCUCUGGCGGCAGCAUUGCAGUCUGCGUGCCCUACCCGGGCGAGUGGAUAGCGUGGUACCCGCGCGUGCACACUCUCGUCCGCUUCUUUCUUUUCUUUCUGGUUCCGCUAGGUGUCAUCACCGUCACCUAUAGUCUGAUGGCGCACCACCUGGUGCAGAGUACGUACAACAUGCCCGGGGAGAAAGCUCAGAGCUCCCAGCAAAGCGCAAAUCAGGUACAGGCGACGAAGAAGGUCCUUGCCGCGCAAUGGUCCUCAUCUUCGUCCUCAUCUUCUGCGUCUGCUGGGCGCCUCGCCACAUCUACACGCUCUGGUUCUCCUUCAAUCCGCACGCCUACAGCGACUACAACCAAGGCUGGCACUACUUCCGCAUCGUAGCCUUCCUCUCUCUUCAUCAACUCCUGCAUCAACCCGCUCGCUCUCUAUCUCCUCAGCAAGCAGUUUCGCAAGCACUACAACCGCUACCUGUUCUGCUGCUGCGUCGCGCGA